UGAAUCAUAUUAGUCGCUCCUGUUCCUCGUUUUUGUCGACUUUCGGUACUUAUAUAAGAAUUAUUUUAUAAAAAUGAAAUUCUUGGUUGUUGCAGCUCUUUUGGUGGCAGUCGUUUCCUCCAGCGUUAUCGUUAGGAAGAAGGGGCUUCAGGACUGUGGUCCUGCUGGAUCCCCCAUUUCUUUUGCUGGAGACGUUCUUCAAGAUCAGACCCCAGUUCCUGGCAGGCUCUUCUUGGAUUUGACGACUACAACUCUGAUUGAAGCAACAGCUGAAGAUGACUUGCAAAUUCGAAAAGUCACUACCCGCACCACCGACAACUACGAAGUUCCCUGCCUGAACGGAAUCGCUGGCACCUGCACAAUUGAACUGUGCACUGCGAUUGCAACCUACCCAGAAUACGUUUGCACUUUAUUCCCGAACGACGUGCCCUGCUCAUGCCCACUCGCUGCCAGCGUUUACUACAAUCCCUCGGCUUACGUCACCUUCACUUCUGAAUGGCUUGCCAUUGACGGAGGAGUUAACGGUGACUACAACACGCGCACCGAAGUUGUUGCUAACCUAGGCUUUGCCAACGAAACCAUUUUGGGCUGUCUCGAUCUGCAAUACACGCUGGUGGCCAUCUAGACUUUCCGUUUUGAAAAAAAAAGUUACAUUGCUGGGCUUUUUUUUCUUAUUAAUUCACCAUGU